GACCUCUAAUACACAAGAUAACAACAAAACAAAACACAUUUCGAAAAUAUAAGUUUUCUUGUAAAUUAAGUUUCCUCCUUGCGUUGCAUUAGCGUUUGCUCUAUGGUUAUUUGUCAGCUGUAGAGAUAACUGCAAUUGUAAUUUGUUGAAUUUGCUUCCAGUAUGUGGUUUGUUUUUGGAAGUAAAAUUUUUGUGUGUUUUGGGUAUUAAUGCGUACUCAUACUUAGUUUUUAACGGAGAGACAACGAUUAUUAUCUCCUAAUCUACCAACAGUGACGACCCUCUGACCACGUGGUGGUGAGAGCACAGGGACCCGCCAUGAGCGACUACGAGGACGCCGUGGAGAGCCUGGACGAGGUGCUGGGGCUCCGGGAGGGGCUCCGCCGCCGCCCGCUGUGGGACCCCGAGUGCGACAGCCUGGACUCGGACGUCCCGGGGCUGCAGGAGGUGGCGGAGCUGCUGGAGGACGACGACUCGUGCGUGCUGGCCGAGGAGGACGACGGGGUGGGCUGCCCGCUGCCCAGCACGCCCGAGGACGAGCACAUGCUGGACCGCGAGAUCACGGAGGUGCUGAAGGCGGGCGUGCUCUCCGACGAGAUAGACCUGGGCGCGCUGGCGCACAACGCCGCUGAGCAGGCGGAGGAGUUUGUGCGCAAGGUGUGGGAGGCGUCGUGGAAGGUGUGCCACUUCCGCAACCUGCCCCAGUGGCUGCAGGACAACGACUACCUGCAUGCGGGCCACCGCCCCCCGCUGCCCAGCUUCUACGCCUGCUUCCGCAGCAUCUUCCGCAUCCACACCGAGACGGGCAACAUUUGGACCCACCUCCUGGGGUGCGUCGCCUUCAUCGCGGUGGCCACGUACUUCCUGACGCGCUCGUCCCUGGAGGUGCAGUUCCAGGAGAAGCUGGUGUUUGCGGCGUUCUUCGCGGGGGCCAUCAUGUGUCUGGGGAUGUCCUUCGCCUUCCACACCGUGCACUGCCACUCGGAGUGCGUGGGCAAGCUGUUCAGCAAGCUGGACUACUGCGGCAUAGCCAUGCUGAUCAUGGGCUCGUUCGUGCCGUGGCUCUACUACGGCUUCUACUGCCACUACCAGCCCAAGGUGAUCUACCUGAGCGUGGUGAUCUGCCUGGGCAUAUCGUCGAUCGUGGUGUCCCUGUGGGAUCGCUUCAGCCUGCCCAAGUACCGGCCGCUCAGGGCAGGGGUGUUCAUGACGUUCGGCCUGAGCGGGGUGAUCCCGGCCGUGCACUACGCCAUCUCGGAGGGCUGGUUCAACGCCAUCUCGCAGGCGUCCCUGGGCUGGCUCAUCCUCAUGGGCUGCCUCUACAUCCUGGGGGCCAUGUUCUACGCCCUGCGCGUCCCGGAGCGCUUCUUCCCCGGCAAGUGCGACAUCUGGUUCCAGAGCCACCAGAUCUUCCACGUGCUGGUGAUAGCCGCGGCCUUCGUGCACUACCACGGCAUCACGGAGAUGGCCAUGUACCGCAUGACGGUGGGCGAGUGCUCGGCGCCCGGGGGCCCCGUCAUGGCCUUCUGAUUGGCCGUCUCCUCCGCAGGACCAGCACCAAGUGGACUUACCUUACGAGCAUGAGACCUUACCAGUAUUAUAAGUGACUGGGCGCUGUCGGAAGAGCUGUUGUUUUAUUUGGUAAAAAUAUUUACACGUAAGUGUGUGUAACUGCCGUGUGUUACGCACACAAUUUCUCACUUUGCUUCACAGCUGUCGUUCAAUUUUUUUCAUCUUCAGUGCUAAGUAAUUCAUAGCAAUCUUUAAAAUGUCAAAGUAUCAUUUUGUAUUAGUUUAUGACUUCCUGUUUUUUUUUGCUCUUUUAUAGUUAUUAUUUUACUUAUAGCCGCAUACAAAACAUUAUUAUUGUUUUUUUUAUUAGUCAUUUACACUUGCUCUUGUAUUCCAGCCUUCCAUGCCGCGGUUACACAUGCAGGUAUGUCGUGUUUCGUUCACUUGCUUGUACAAGGAGUUCGUGACUUCCUCUGUUGGUUAUUUUAUCAAUAUAUUCUAUUGUUAUAUUUGUAUAGUAAUGUAAAAUGGAAAAAAAAGAUAAAAAAAAAUUAUUAUUGACGUCGUUCUUCGACCAAAUUGGAUGGAUUUUGUCACAAAAUAAGGCACAUAGAGGCAAGUGCACUAUAUAACCAGUUUGUGAGUUAACACAUUUUCUUAGCAAACAAUUUUGGGUUUUUUUUAUAUCUAUUUUUUCCUGUAACACCAGGUGUAUGGUUUAGUUUGAAGCUAUUUUUACAUGUAUGUCAAAUGUAUACAGAGUUGGUUGUUUGCACUCCUUCAAAAGUUUGUUAUUUUAUGUCAUGCUUGUGUGUUAUGAAGCGGAGGUUAAAGAUGACCCAAUAGUUUUAGUUACAGGGGAAGAUAAAUAGUUAGGAUUUUGUGAAUAUUUGAUAAUACAGUAUAUAUUGAAACAUUUAGGACUUUCAUUAUCAAUUUCAUUUAGGAAUUAUUUUCAUAAUAGUCAGUAUAACAAAAAGUUAAUUGUAUUUACUGUACAAGUUGGGAGUCUAACUUGGUUUUUAAAUGCAAAAUUGUUAUUGAUAUUUUUAAAAAAAAAUUAAUGUUAAGCAUCAUAUUUAUUCAGUCAUGCAGGAUAACCUCAAAAGUAAGAUACCCCUUAAAAUAUAAAAUAUUUGAACAUAGGCCAUUCUCAAGUAAAAGGUGUCCUCAAAUAUAAUUCAGCCUCAAACUGUCAAACAUAAAAUUAUUUUGAGUAUUGUAUUUACCCGCAGAAGGUCACCCCUGUGUAUGGGUGGCAUCUAUAAUUUUGGGCAUAAAAGUCUGACAUUUUCAUCAUAAGGGUCGCUCCUAUAUUUGUCUCCAGUAGAAUUUCAUAGAUACAAGAAUAAAUCUUUGUGUGUUCCGUGUCAUCGGCAGGUAAGAUAUACAGCUCCGAUGUUGACCCUGUGUGCUUCUUGGUCAGCUACUGUAUUACCGUGUUUUUCCUGAAAAUAAUGUGAUACCUAACUUUACGGGGUAAAAAAAAAAUCA